CUCUAUCUUGAGGAGUAGUCUUGUUGUGAAAUGCUGCCUUAAAUAUCAUGAAGUUUUGUAUUUAGUGAGUUUAUGUUUACCAAACACUAAACUUGAGGUGAUUUUUUAAUAUAUUUAAGGUUCACACAAGAAAAGAGAUGAGGUAAGUCUGUGAAAAUAUGUCCUUUUCCUUUUCCAAGUUUUUAGUAACAGAUAUUUAGGCUACAGUUCAUCUUUUUUUAAAUAAGUUAGGGGUGAUUCACACUUAUACACUAGUAGCCAAAGUCUUUUAAUGUUGUUGAGAGAAAAAGUUCAGAUGGCCCGUACGGGGAUCGAACCCGCGACCUUGGCGUUAUUAGCACCACGCUCUAACCAACUGAGCUAACCGGCCAUAUUAACAAUCGAGGAGGCCGUUUCCUGAGAUCUUCAUGGCAUGAUUUCAUAUUGAUCUAUUCAUAUGGUAGGAGGGAAGUGCUGUCGAAUUACUCUGAAUAGAAAGUGAAAGUUACUGGUGUUAAAGCAAAACGACUCCUUACCGACAGUAAGUUUCUCCCUCUGACUUUUUAGUUUUAUCUGAAACACAGGUAGAAUUUCUCUUAUGUCGUCCCUUUGCUUUGGUUUAUGACAAAUAUAGAUAACUGAAUCCUUUUUAGCGUCCCAAUUACAGCUUUGCGAUUUAAAUAGCCUACCGAAAUAGCCUUAGCGUAAAGGACUGAAAGUCAUUUGACGGUGACUUUGUUUUUAUAUUGGACGAAAAAUCAUUACCUUGUGGUCUACUUACACCAGAAUGUGAGAACAAGUCAGGAAUGUUACAUUUGUGUAUAGGAAUUAAUGAAUUAUUCACUUUUUAUUUACUUUGUCAAGAGAUAUUUGGAUGUAAAAUUGUUCGACAGCAGAGGGUUAUCUAGUUUACUGCCCACAGACAUUUGAUUUCAUCACCUGGCAGGUCUGUCCAGGCCUACAGUCAUGUCUAUUUCCACUCACAUAUCUUUGAGAUGUUCUCAGGAGAGUAGAGAUCUAACCACCCAAGUCUGUGAUUAUAAAGUGAUCUCUUGUGUCCAUUUUCCAGCUCUCCAAAACCACUUCCUGUGUCAGUGUCAGGAUGUCAGUGCAGUUUUAUGGCUGGGAGGUUGUCUAUGAUGAUGACACCCCUCGUGUGGAGCUCGGGGCCUCUCAGGCGCCAAAGGACAGGGGGGUCUACACCAUGUACCAUGGCACCAGCCUUACAAACGCACGGAACAUUAUACCCAAUGGCUUUCAGCAGUCUUCAGGUGGCAUGCUGGGAAAUGGCGUAUAUGUUAGUCGUGACAAGAGGAAAGCAGAGCGUUAUCCAUUGAAGAGUAACCCUUCAGACCGAGUGGUCCUGGAGUUGCGAGUGCGUGUGGGUCGUGUCAAGCGCAUCGACCAGGACAACCACCCCAUGCAGUACACCUGGAGCACUCAGGGCUAUGACACCGCCUGGGUGCCCCCCAAUUGUGGCAUGAAAGCCGUGCCCAGUGGUCUAGAGGAGGACUGUGUGUUUGACCCCAAAAGAGUGGAUGUAGUCGGAAUCGCGAAGGCCCCGCCGACUGUACUGAUGGAGCUCCAACAGCUUCUAGCCAACAGAAACGCAGUCAGUUUGGGGGGAGCAGCACCUCCUGGAAGUGCUGCGAUGGAUAUUUGCUCAGUGUGCAAAAGGCAGACACAGCAAGGUUCUCCACACACCAAGCAGCUGUGCUGGGGCUGUGGGCAAAACAUCUGUACCCACAUGGCCAAGCAUGUAUGCCGAGCAUUUAAUUGAGAGGAUCUGGUAGCCUUACAGAUCUGAACUCUUCACAAACAUGCUACAAGGAACCAAGCCUAGUAUAUCUUGUGCAGUGGAGGGAAAACCAAUGUUUACAUGGGAAACAGGUGUAUCAGUUUUGUUAACUUUCAGGCGUAACUAAGUUUAGGAGUCAAAAUGAUAACUCAGGGAUUCCUGUAAAGACUUAAAGUACUCUGGAAGAAGUUAGGCUUUCAAAUUUACAGUUUAACCCUUGAACACUAUCGCAGGGUGAAUUUCACCCGACCAAACAUGUUUAUGUGAUUUUCAUUGUGUUGCAUUUGUCUAAGUAUCAUGGGUCCCUGGGUAGCUUCAGCAUUGCCUUUGACAUCUUUGAAGGCAUAUUUGUUUCCAUGAUCCAAAACCUGCUUUUUCCUACAGGCACGUGUUCGGGUGAUUUUCACCCGGCAAUAGUGAUAGAGGGUAAAGUUGGUUUGGGUCGAUUUGAUAGCUGCAUGCAGGGAAUAAGGUCAGGAAGAGUGGUCCUGGAAUUUGCAUGCUAUCUUUAUUUAGCGCCGUAGUUAUGAAUAACUAUCACAAAGUAGAGAUAUUCAAGGGAAUUCAUAUGGUGAUAAGAAAUGUUUUUUACUCACUCAAAAUCUGCCAUAGAGAGAAACUAAGAGAAACUAAGUUUACAGUUUCUAUUAUUAUUAUUAUUUUUUUUUUUUUAGGAAUUUUUUUGUUCAUGAAUGCCUAAUUUCAGUUUUUUUGUUGCAUUUUAUAUGGUCCCCUCAUGGCGCUUUUUUUCCUCCCUUUUGACAUUGCACAGUUAAAAAGAAAACUACUUUAAUUUGUCAUGUAUUGUUCUAUUUUGAUAUAUUUUGAUGACAAGCACUUUUUCUUGGGUAUAUUAAUUCAGGUAAAAAUCACCAGCAAUAGUGUUCUUGGGUUAAUGAAAAUUUUUGCCAUAUUGAUGUUAUGUGCAUUAGGAUCAUAUGCAAUCAAGAUGAGACAAUCUUUUAUGUCGAGCGAAAAGCCUUUAUUUCACUUGAAUGUGGAUAUCGGUUGUUUUAUGUUGAGUACAGUUGGGGUAAUAUGUGUCAAAGUUCAUGAUUUUGAUUUCUUAAAAUGAUUUAAUUUUCUGAACACAGCACAAUCUAACACCAAAGAGUCAUGUUAAGCCAAUAAAUGUUGUAUGUGACAAUC